AUGGACGGUGCACGAGCGGGCAGAAACUACACAGCGUGGCCACUGGUCUGUUUUACCGGCCGUUGCUUCGACGUGAUUCGCUCGAUCAGCUGCCACAUCCUGCACAGCGAUCACAAGAAGCAGUCAUUGGGCACCUACCACCUGAUCGGUUGUCCCACCGUGAGAUCUCUCAGGCACGUCACUCAAGAUUCCGGAAAAGUGCGGUACGUCCGGGACAACGACAGAUUGGGCAUCGUGGAAAUAAUUAUGCAAAUGCGGUUUCAAAUUAUAAUUAAAUCAACCAGCCCGUAG